AUGGGUUUGAGUUCUAAGCAGGUGAUUUCCAGCAGUGGACUUGAUUGGAAACAAACCUUAUUAGAAUCUCAAGAUUUGGAACUUCCAAAGCCUCAUCAUCUAAUGAGAAAACAGCAACAAAAUCCUCAGCAGCAGCAAUCAGCAGAACAUUUGAACUGUCCAAGAUGUGACUCAACAAACACUAAGUUUUGUUACUAUAACAAUUACAACAAGUCUCAGCCUCGCCAUUUUUGUAGAGCUUGUAAAAGACACUGGACUAAAGGUGGAACUCUACGCAAUGUUCCUGUUGGUGGUGGCAGAAAGAACAAGAGAAUCAAAAAACCAACCACACCGGUUACUUCUUCCACCACUACUGGCACCACCUCAAUUCAAACACCUCUUCAUGUGAGUGAUCAUCACAAAACCAUUCCUAACUCAUCUCUAUAUCAAGCUAUAAUUCAUCCACCAUCUUUGCUUCUACAACAGAAUAUGUCUAUGAUGAUGAACACAAGAGACUUAUUAGUAGAAAGCAAAGAUUUUGGCAUGUUUAGUACUACUUGUUCAACUUUACCUAUUCCUCCUCAUCAAAAUCAAAGCUUGCUCUUUCCCUUUUCAACCUCCUCAAGCUCUUUUGACACAACCACUUGUUCAUCUUCCAAUGUUUAUUACUAUGGACAAGAGUUUAAAACAAUGGAAGAACAUGAGCAGGAACAGGAACAGGAACCUAUAAUUCCUAACACAAAGCCAUGGGAGAUACCGAUGGCGAUACCAACAUCAUUACCAUUACCAGCAACAAGUGGUGGCAUGGAAGCUUCAAAGUAUUGGAACUGGGAAGACAUUGAUUCAUUGGUAUCAGCUGAUUUAAAGGAUCCUUAUUGGGAUGAUUCUGAUAUCAAACCAUGA